GAGGCGGGCGCGGGGCGGGGGCGCGCGCUCUGACAACUGAAUGUCCGGGCUGCGGGCGCUCCUGGGGCUCGGGCUGCUGGUUGCGGGCUCGCGCCUAUCGCUCCUCAGAGUCCAGGCCGGCGCCUGUCGCGCGGGAGCCACCUGGUGGGGGCCGCAGCGGCUGAUCUCGGGUGGCCGCGGGGACUCAGAGGUCAUGGCGAGCUCAGCAGUGAAGUACCUGAGCCAGGAGGAGGCCCAGGCCGUGGACCAGGAGCUGUUUAACGAGUACCAGUUCAGCGUGGACCAACUUAUGGAGCUGGCCGGGCUGAGCUGUGCCACAGCCAUUGCCAAGGCAUAUCCCCCCACGUCCUUGUCCAGGAGUCCCCCUACUGUCCUGGUCAUCUGCGGCCCUGGGAAUAACGGAGGAGAUGGCCUGGUCUGUGCUCGACACCUCAAACUCUUUGGCUACCAGCCAACCAUCUAUUAUCCUAAAAGGCCUAACAGGCCACUCUUCACUGCACUGGUGACCCAGUGCCAGAAAAUGGACAUCCCUUUCCUUGGUGAAAUGCCCCCAGAGCCCAUGCUGAUUGAUGAACUAUACGAGCUGGUGGUGGAUGCCAUCUUUGGCUUCAGCUUCAAGGGUGAUGUUCGGGAGCCAUUCCGCAGCAUCCUGAGUGUCCUGAAUGGACUCACCGUGCCCAUUGCCAGCAUCGACAUUCCCUCAGGAUGGGAUGUGGAGAAGGGAAACUCUGGAGGGAUCCAGCCAGACUUGCUCAUCUCCCUGACAGCACCCAAAAAGUCUGCAACCCAGUUUACUGGUCGCUACCACUACCUGGGGGGUCGUUUCGUGCCUCCUGCUCUGGAAAAGAAGUACCAGCUGAACCUGCCACCCUACCCUGACACCGAGUGUGUCUAUCAUCUGCAGUGAGGGAAGGCUUGGAGCAGCAUCUCAUCAGUCAGACUGUUGGGGAAGGGCAGGAAUCAGGAAUUACAAACAGAUCUGGUGGAAAGGCUUGACCUCUCCUCCCCUCUAAAACAUUCCUUCAGCACUGAGUUCCUAUUCAGGACCCGGCACUUUUCUAGGUGUAGGGGAUACAAAGAUGAGUACAACACAUUUCCACCCUGAAGAAGCCCACAGUCAAGCAUUACACUUGGUCCUUUCUUUUGAGAUUGGAAGGCAUCUCCUCCCACAUGCCCCUAGCACUAAAAAGA